GUUCUCACUGCCUGCCUCUCACGACUUGUUAGGAGUUGGCCUGUUCAAUAUAAACUCCACUCACCUGUUUCUCAUCACGUCAGCUCGCUUUCUCUCGCCACUUUACAAGCAACAUCUAUCUUAUGGCGGCUCAACCGACCAUGCUUCGCUGGCAUGAGCGAGGCUGCAAGCAUCCUGAAGUCUCUGCUGAAAUUGGCGUGCCGGUUUGCAGAUAUUGUUUUGCAAUGGCUCCCCAGGACACGAUUCGAAUCGGUCAAACGGCAAACAGGCAGCCAAGGAGGAAUCUCAGAUGGCCACCCGCUGUCGUAUAUACGACUGGACCAGAAGCAUCAGAGACGAGCAACGACAUGCCUUCGCCUCAAAUUACUACGGAACCGAGCGAAAAUCAAUCAGGAUUGAGGCCACUCUUAAGGUCACAGAGUGACAUUCGACUGUUUCGCGUGAAGCCAGGCAGCCCUCACGACUUGAUCUAUGGAGACAUGGAGCUGGUAGAUCUUGGAAGCUCUGAUAUCCCCGCCUAUGACACCGUCUCCUAUACCUCCGCUGACGACUCUGGCGAACAGAGCUCAAGUUCGGCGGCGAUAUACGUCGGAAAAUAUUGGGACAUAGCAUAUGUUGCGCAAGCCUGCGAACAUGCCCUCAGGAGAGUGAGGAGCCGUAGAACUUCUCGACUGUUCUGGGUGGACGCGCUUUGCCUUGGCUUCGAGAGCACAAAGGAGAAGGAUCAUCACAUCUUUCAGAUGCACAGCAUCCACGGCAAGGCAUCGAAAGCGAUUGCGUACAUAGGAGAAGCAUCGGCAGAUAGCGCAGAGGCACUGGCGUUCAUGGGUCGAGAAGGGAGCGAGCCCGAGCAGAUCAGCGAAAGCACACGUAAAGCCCUCGAGUCAUUGUUUGCGAGACCCUUCUUCUCACGGCUAUGGAUCCUGCUGGAGAUGGUCUUUGCCACAGAUAUCAACAUUCUCUGUGGCCCAGAUGCAAUCAUGUGUCCGAUGCUCUCAUUGGCCACACGCCUUGCCAACACCAACGCCCCUACUUGGAUCUCGCAACGUCCUGUAUGGCGUGACACGCUGUCUCACGCACCUCUCAUGGAGAUCCUGACUCUUACCUCAGGCUAUCGAUGCCUUGAUCCCCGUGAUAAGGUGUUCAGCCUGCUUGCUUUCAGGGUAAAUGAUGAAAUCGCCUCUGACUACUCGCUCGCUGUCGAAGAGGUCUACACCGGUCUGGCCGCUUAUCUCAUUCAGAUUCAGCAUGCAUUCGACAUUCUAGUGUUCAGCAGCUCUCACAGCACGCAACACAGCGUGCCCAAUUGGUUGCCCAGUUGGGUGCCCGACUGGUCCCAGAAGCUGGUCACAACAUUACCCACGCAGACAGACCUGGAGCACGAAGACUUUGACAUGGAGCAUGCCGAGACGGAAACGGCAACUCCGGUCUCCUUCAAAGGCCCGUUCAGAACCGACAUCAGUGACGCUGUCCGGAUCGAUUCUUCCACCGGCUCGCUACAAGUCUAUGCCUUUCGAUUGUGCAAACUUGCCGGGCGAAAGGUGUUUGCAAACGGACAGGCCAAAAUUAUCAUGGAAAGAGGUCAGCGAGGAUCACUGGUCGUCACUGUGAAAGACACGGCCUACGAGCCCAGCAGCGAUUGGGUAUUCUUACUGCACGGAUGGGAGCAGCCAGUCGUCUUAAGGGCUCAGAAGGGCUUGGAAUCUUUCACCUUUGUCUCCACAUGCAUACUGGCAGUUGGAAGAACGUCAGGAAGUUGUUUCAUUUCCUCGAACCAGGGACUCUAUGACAUGGAUGACCGGAUCGAAGCGGCACAGUUCUCGCCAGAGGACUGUGCCAGCUUCGAACAGUUCCAUGACGGGCUGACGGAGUUGCAUAGAAUCCGAGCUAUGAACAGUGCAACUUCUGAGGAGAAGAUACUCAGAGUCCUGGAUUACAAGCUCUUGUCCCUGACAGGAACUUGGGCGAUUGAAUCAAGUAUGAUGAACAAAUGGACCCAGCUCGAGCAGCAGCUAGGCUGGAUGUUCUUGGACCAGGCCGCCCUGGGAAACUUCAUCGAGAGUUUGGAUCACAGAGACGCGCACCAAUACCAAGGAAGCGGUCCAAUGCUUGUCGAACCCAAUGAGAUGGUCGGCUUUUCGAGGUAUUGCGGAGCAGAGCUGCGACAGAGUGUGUCCUGGGACAUCCGUCGCUUCUGUUCCACAUUUCUUCGACGGCCAGAAGAAACAGCAGCAGCCCCAGAUUCGUGGAGCCCCCUCUUUUCGCGAUUGCAAUCGUCCCUGCCUCAGAUUCAAGACUGGGCGAGUCUGACUGAGCAAUUGCUAGGACUUCUGGAGCUAUCCAGCAUGGUUCUUAGCCGCAGCUGGCCUUUCCCACCUGGUGGCGAACUGUCUGCAAGGUGGCAGAACUCUUGGGCGGACGGCACCGGAAGUACGGAAGAUAUCACAAGUAGCACAUGCACAUGGGACUGGUCGGAGUUCAAGACCACCAUGGCUCUUCGAGCACGGCUGUGGGAGCAAUCGUUUCCGGAGCAGCUGGAUCCAUCAAUCAAUCAUACAAUGGCUGUACAACUUGGCUGCCGGGCCAUUGAGUUGAAUAUAGUCUCGGGCAAGUACAUUACGAUUGCAUAGUGGCUAGUGUUUGGAGAAAUGAGCCCGUUCUGAGGGUAUAACAAACGGAGACUAUUGAAACGUUCUGCGUGUACCUGGCUUCUUUGCAUCGGCCAUUUAUGUGACGAACUCUUCAGGAUCUCUGAAUAUCAACAUCUUUCUCCGCCGUUGCUCGUU